UCCGGACUACAUUUCCCACAGGCUCCGGACUACAUUUCCCACAGGCUACUGCGAUCCGGCCAAUGUAACCUGAAACUACAUUUCUCAGCUGCUCCUGGAACGACCUCACUCUACCUCCUCGCCAGUUCAUUGUGGUCGUUGACCUGGCAGCGACUUUUGGAGUUCUGCGAGGUAGAAGUCAGCGCCCGGCUCAGAGGUUAGAGCAGCCCCGCCAGGCAACCUGAAUUUCUGCAAAGGAACACAGUUAGCACCGGGAGUUCUGCAGACCUGGGUCGGCGCAGAACCCGAACUGAGACAUGCCUGAGCGUUGGGUGGACCGGGCGAGGAUCCCGGGCCCGCGAGUGCAGGAGAGGCAGGGAAAGGGAGGGUGCGUGGGACAGGGCCGGUGUGCACCCGCGAAGACUGGGUGCAUGGCCUCCAUGCGAAUCUGAGCUAUUAAUAUUUGAUACUAUUUUGGAUAAAAUCACUGUAAUUGAUUUAUGUAAAGGAAGAAAAGACUCUUCAACUCUCAGUUUAAAAAGGAAACGAUAGAUAUGAUACCUUGUGCAUGCAGCGGGAAGAAGUGGGAGUGCCAGGAAGCCUCUUCUUGUUUGGUAAAAACUUUAGUUUGAACUUCUCAGAUAGAGGAACCCCAGUGAAGACUGAUCAGUUCUUAAGAGUUCUCAAAGCAUGGCCCACUUUCAGGGAUCAGUGACAUUUGAGGAUGUGGCCAUAGCCUUCUCCCAGCAGGAGUGGGAGAGUCUGGACUCUUCCCAGAGGGGCUUGUACAGAGAUGUGAUGUUGGAGAACUACAGGAACUUGGUGUCAAUGGCAGGACAUUCCCUUUCUAAACCACAUGUGAUCGCCUUAUUGGAACGAUGGAAAGAGCCUAAGGUGACAGAGAGGAAAGAUGGAAGAAGGUGGUGCACAGAUUUGCAGUUGGAAGAUGAUACAAUUGGCCGUAAAGAAAUGCUCCCCUCUGAAAACUGUCCAUCUUUUGCCCCACAUCAGAAAAUUAGUAGGCAGAAACCACAUGAAUGUCAGGAAUAUGGAAAGACUCUUUGUCAAGACUCAAAGCCUGUUCAACAUGAAAGAAUACAUAGUAGUGAAAAACCCAACAGAUGUAAAGAAUGUGGGAGGAACUUUAGUAAUGGACAUCAACUCACCAUACAUCAGAGAUUGCAUGUUGAUGAGAAACCCUACAAAUGUGAGAAAUGUGGGAAGGCCUUUAUCAGAGGUUCAGCCUUUGUUAAGCAUAGGAGAAUUCACACUGGUGAGAAGUCACUCAAAUGUAAGCGAUGUGAAAAGACUUUUAGCGGUAACUAUCAACUUACAGUACAUGAGAGUAUUCAUACUGGGAAGAAACCAUAUGAGUGCAGGGAAUGUGGGAAAGCUUUUCUAGCAUAUGGAAAGCUUACCCGGCAUCAGAGUAUUCACACUGGUGAAAAACCCUUUGUGUGUGAGGAGUGUGGGAAGGCCUUCAGUACCUUUUCAUACCUGAUUCAACAUCAGCGAAUUCAUACUGGUGAAAAACCCUAUGAAUGCAAAGAAUGUGGGAAGGCCUUUAGUACUAGCUCACCCCUUGCUAAGCAUCAGAGAAUUCAUACUGGCGAGAAACCCUAUGAAUGUAAGGAGUGUGGGAAGGCUUUCACUGUGUAUGGACAGCUUACUCGACAUCAGAGUAUUCAUACUGGUGAGAAGCCUUUUGAAUGUAAGGAAUGUGGAAAGGCCUUUAGACUUAGUUCCUUCCUUCAUGCACAUCAGCGAAUUCACGCAGGGAUAAAGCCCUACAGAUGCAAGGAAUGUGGGAAGACCUUCAGUCGUGCCUCGUAUCUUGUUCAACAUGGAAGACUUCACACUGGCGAGAAGCCCUAUGAAUGUAAGGAGUGUGGCAAGGCCUUUAGUACUGGCUCAUACCUUGUUCAGCAUCAGAGGAUUCAUACUGGGGAGAAACCCCAUGAAUGUAAGGAAUGUGGCAAAGCCUUUAUUAGUCGCCAUCAGCUUACUGUACAUCAAAGGGUUCAUACUGGAGAGAAACCCUAUGAGUGUAAGGAAUGUGGCAAGGCCUUCAGAGUGCACGUACAUCUCACACAGCAUUGGAAAAUUCAUACUGAUGUAAAGCCCUACGAAUGUAAGGAAUGUGGAAAGACUUUUAGUCGAGCCUCGUACCUUGUACAACAUGGCAGAAUCCAUACUGGUAAGAAGCCCUAUGAGUGUAAGGAGUGUGGCAAGGCCUUCAGUUCUGGCUCAUACCUUGUUCAGCAUCAAAGAAUUCAUACUGGGGAGAAACCCUAUGAAUGUAACAAAUGUGGGAAAGCCUUUACCGUUUAUGGACAACUUAUUGGACAUCAGAGUGUUCACACUGGUGAGAAACCUUUUGAAUGUAAGGAAUGUGGGAAGGCCUUUAGACUUAAUUCAUUCCUUACCGAACAUCAGCGGGUACACACUGGUGAGAAACCCUUUAAAUGUAAAAUAUGUGGGAAGACCUUUAGAUACAGUUCAGCCCUUAAAGUGCAUCUGAGAAAGCAUAUGGGUGUUAUACCCUAAGAGUUUGAGGAAUGUGGGAAGUGCUUUGUGUAUGGCUCAAACAUUGUUGAACAUCAGGGAAUUUAUGCUGGUAGGAAACUUUCAAAUGUGAAGAAUAUUGGCAGGCCUAUUCUCAUCUUUCUUUUUUUUUUUAUUUUUUUAUUUUUUGAGACGGAGUCUCACUCUGUC